UCGUAAAACGUGACAUUCUGAUUUGUGCAUUCCUCCUCCUCCUCCCCCACCUUCCACCCUUCGAUCCCACGCCUUCUCCACCUUUCUUCUCCUCACCUCUCUCCUCAAGAACCCCAAUCCAAACCCCAACCGCCAAAAAUCCUACGAAAUUGCGCAGAAAUAUCGUCUCGGCUCAGAUCGCGCCUGAGGCGAUCCAGAUCUCUGCUGCUUCAUUUCCUCUUGUCGCAAUCUGAUCCCGUGACCAUUACCUGUUCUUCGAUCGCAUAAGUGAGGAAGCAGUGAGUUGAGGGGGGGAGGAGGAGGACGCGAGGGCGGGAUCAUGUCGUCGGUGGUGGAGGAGGAGGAGGCCUUCGAGCACACCCUGCUGGUGGUGCGCGAGGUGUCGGUGUACAAGAUCCCGCCGCGCACCACCAGCGGCGGCUACAAGUGCGGCGAGUGGCUGCAGUCGGACAAGAUCUGGUCGGGCCGCCUCCGCGUGGUGUCCUGCGGCGACCGCUGCGAGAUCCGGCUCGAGGACCCGGCCACGGGGGAGCUCUUCGCCGCAUGCUUCGUGCUGCCCGGCCAGCGGGAGAGCGCCGUCGAGACCGUGCUCGACUCCUCCCGCUACUUCGUGCUCCGCAUCGAGGACGGUAGGGGGAAGCACGCCUUCGUCGGGCUCGGCUUCAACGAGCGCAACGAGGCGUUCGACUUCAAUGUCGCGCUGUCGGACCACGAGAAGUACGUCAAGAGGGAACAGGAGAAGGAGACUGCCGGCGAGGAGAGCGGCGGCGGCGGCGAGAUUGAUAUACACCCCGCCGUCAAUCGCCGGCUCAAGGAAGGUGAAACCAUUAGGAUAACUGUAAAAAACAAGCCAUCAACUGGAAGUGGCAUGCUUUCAUCUGCUGGUUUAUCUGGAGGGGCCACUGCAAAACCAAAGACAGGCAUGCUUCUUGCGCCACCACCAGGAGCAGCUGGAAAGCUUCGGUCUCCUCUUCCACCUCCACCUAAUGACCCUGCAGCUGCCAGGAUGAAUUCUGGACAUAAUACGGGAAUCAGGGCCCCAAAAGAAUCGACCAAGAGAAAUAAUGAUCCAUUUUCGGAUCUUUCUGCUAUAAAGCAAAACCUACCUUCAUCGGGCGAAUCCGGGCAAACAAAGAGCACAGGAUCUGGAUGGGCAGCAUUCUGAUGAUGAUGCACGAUCUCCUGUUGACAUUGUUUUAUCUGAAGGAAGAGGAAUGGGUAACUGAAGUACCGAACAAGACUUGGAUCCGACCUGUUGGAAGCCUUUACCCUUGCAGACUCAAAUGAUUAAAAUUACUGAUCAGUGUUCCAGUCGUUAAUCAAGAAAUAAAACAGUUACCAGAGUUGUUACCCAUCUCACCACAUGAAUGGACCAAGGGUGCUCGGAUAUUCUGAAUAUAAAUACAGCCUCCCUCUCCCUUGUUGUUUGUCACAUUUGUGUCAUGUUUCACAAACAAAAACCAGAAUCAUACUGACCUCAAUGUGUAUUUUGCGGUGAAAGAUUGAGAAUAUCGUUUCAAAUGCAACAAAGACUGUUUGUUCUAGUAAUCUAGUGUUCAUCAAGUUUGAGUCCA